GCACAGGGACACGCUCAGGGCGGAACCAUGGAAAUAUAACGGAGCUUGUGCGCACAGAGGAGAAAGUUCAGACAGCGGGACGUGAAAUCUGUGGAAACUGCGCAUAAGUGACGCACAGCGCGCACCGGCGACAUGGCAGAAGCGGCUGUUGUGGACGCGGACACGGGACUGUCCCACAGUCCUCUGGUGUCUGUGUCCUUCCAGGGGAACGAGAGGAGAAAGCUCAAGUUUCUGGAGGGAGAGCCCAAGGCCCUGGGGGUGGGUCUGUCUUUACUCUGUUAUUGUGUUUUAUUUUACAUAAUUAACAAUUAUGUCCCUGCCAAUGUCCAGAUCACCCAAAUAUGCCUGAUCCUCUUCCAUGAAAGCUGUAUAGCCUCCUUUGUGUACACUGGUCUGAGCAGAUGGUCAAUGAAUAUAACAUAUAUCAUUGCAUCGGUUUUUGUUUUAAUUGGAGGAUGUUUGGCCAUAGCAGCAAAAAAUCUGCAUCUUCCUACGAUCAGGGCUUGUCUGGUAAUGGAGUUUUUGUCCAGUGUGGCCUGCUUUUUCAACAUACUCUUCAUCCUGAAUGACAUGCAAUUUUAUUUUCCUUGCCAUUACUCUUCAACAAACCAAGACAAACUACACUGCAAGAACCUGAGUAAUGCCCAUAUGCAUCUUUUUGCUGAGUUACUGCUCGUCCACGUCGCUCUCUUUGCCAUUUCUGUCACUCUGAUGGUCUACGCCUGUAAAGGUGGUCAACUGCUGCUCUCCUCCUCAAAGAGAGCCGCUGUUAGUGAUGCAAGCCCCUCUGAGGACAGCUGGAACCAAGACUCAUCAUUUACUCCAGUGUGACACAAAUGUCCCUCAGUAAUAACAGCAUGUUUGUUAUGACACCUACAAAUAUUAUCUACACAUUUAUUACAUCUUCAGGAACAGUUUUUUGCACUUUAUGUACACAUUUUUGUGAUUCUGUGUUACAACAAGUCUUAUCAUAUUGUGAUUUACACUUUUAUAAAUAAAAGUAUAGAUAUUUGUAUGUGUGCUGUUUUUAGUUAAAUAGUAAAAGAAUUUAAAAUGACAUUACAUGAUUUUUGACAAUUCAGACAAUACAAUAAACGGCCUUGAUAAAAUUCAUGUGAUUAUUAAAUUGUUGUCGUGUGUAGACAGUGUUGGGAAGGUGACUUUUAAAAUGUUUUCCCCUACAGAUUACAGAUUACAUACACCAAAAUGUAGUUUGUAACAUAAUCCAUUAAAUUACUUAAAGUGAGUAACGUAAUCUGAAUACUUUGGAUUACUUGAUUUGCUGUAGAGAAGCAAAGACG